CCACUAGGCGGCAAGACUCACGCUGUUCGCACAUGACGAGUAGACGCAGCGUCUGACGUCACUGCCCACAGCAGCAAUGGCGGCUCCCACAGAAUCCACGAGUGAAACGCUAACAAUCAAAAAUCUGAAAAAGAGCAAAAACACAGAUGAGACUGAGCUGCAGACGGUUCCAGACGGCUGGAAGGAGCCUAAGUUCACUCGGGUGGACAAUCCCAAAGGUCUUCUGGAGGAGAGCAGCUUCGCCACGCUUUUCCCCAAAUACAGAGAGGUGUAUCUGAAGGAGUGCUGGCCGCUGGUGCAGAAGGCUCUGGGAGACGUCUUCAUCAAUGCCACACUGGACUUGAUUGAAGGCAGCAUGACGGUGCACACGACGAAGAAAACAUUCGACCCCUACGCCAUCCUCCGAGCGAGGGAUCUCAUCAAGUUACUUGCGAGAAGUGUGCCUUUUGAACAGGCUGUGAGGAUACUAGAAGACGACGUGGCAUGUGACAUCAUUAAAAUUGGGACGCUUGUCCGCAACCGCGAGCGUUUUGUGAAGAGACGACAGAGACUGAUCGGCCCCAAGGGCUCCACGCUGAAGGCUCUGGAGCUGCUGACCAGCUGUUAUGUGAUGGUUCAGGGAAACACUGUUUCUGCUCUCGGCCCGUACAGCGGUCUCAAGGAGGUACGGAAAGUGGUCUUGGACACAAUGAAGAAUAUUCACCCCAUUUACAACAUAAAGACGUUGAUGAUCAAGCGAGAGCUGGCGAGCGACCCCGAGCUGCGCACUCAGAGCUGGGAGAGAUUCCUGCCCAACUUCAGACAUAAGAGUCUCUCCAAACGCAAGCAGCCCAAGAAGAAGACUAUGAAGAAGGAGUACACGCCGUUCCCCCCGCCGCAGCCCGAGAGCAAGAUUGAUAAGGAGCUGGCGACCGGUGAGUUCUUCCUGCGGGAGAGCGAGAAGAGACGCCAGAAGUUGAAUGAAAUUAAGGCCAAACAGGCUGAAGCUUUAUCCAAGAGACAAGAGCAGAGGAAGAAAGAUUUCAUUCCCCCUAAAGAGAAGCCGGCCGUUAAGAGCAAACCAGCAACAGCCGAAAACAAAAUUGAUAUUCAAGCCCUUAAAGAAAAAGUGAAGAAGGCGAAAAGUAAAAAGCUGGGAGCUCCUCCUGUAAACCUCGAGAGGUCUUCAGCGAAAGACUGCAAGCGGAAGAAAGUCAAGAGCUGAAGGAUCUGACUGUGAUGCUGAUCGCUGGUGUAAUAUUGUGUUUAUUAGCCUGUGUGUUUAUAUUA